AUGAAGCAUGAUACCUGUGUUCAUGAAUUACAAGCUCAUUCUAAGGAAGUAUACACCAAAGAGGUCACCCACUGGCCCAGGGACUCAGAACCCCAACAUGAAUUUUAUAUUAGCAAGUGCCUCUUUAUUCCACUGUGCGUCCUUAGGAUGUGGAGAAAGGUGCAUGUGUUCACACACUCACAAAACAUACGGAACCCCUUUUCUCCAGUUGGAAAGUUCAUGGCAAGUAUAUCAUUUGAUAGAUGUGUUCAUAUAUGGGCAACACAUAUGGAAUCUCUUGUUCACUCAUCCAAGGGAAUUGAACUAUUUUCGAGAUUUGUUGGAAAUAAAGAGGCACUAAGGUUGGUGCAUGUGCUUUUGGAAUGGAAGUGUCAUUGUUUAAGAUUAUUAUGA